CAUGGCGGGUAAAGACACGAAUUUCAAAUUGGACAUAGUGUCAAAAAUUUGGCCAAUCCCAAAACAAGCUCAGUGUGAAUCGCCGAAAAAGGAAGAUGUCUUCAAAAAAGCCGAUAAAAGUGACUUGUAUGAUAUAUUUCUCAAGUAUGCGACGAAGGAAGAAGGUGGUGAAAUGUUCAUGACCUAUCAUGAUCUCAUUCUGCGCUACCUCCAGUUGAUGGACGCAAGCAACUUUGACGAAUACACGCUGAAGUUGUUUGCAAGCAGUGUUGAUACCACACGCGAUGGUCUUAUUUCGUUUGCCGAGUUCCAGGCAUUCGAAGGAUUGUUAUGUCUGCCUGAUAGCAUGUUCGUCCUGGGCUUCCAGAUUUUUGAUCGGAACGGAAACGGCUACAUUGCAUGUGAUGAAUUUGAAGACAUCAUCAAACACACAACGUUAAACAGAAAGAUACCGUUUGACUUCAACAGUGAUUUUAUUAAGUUACACUUUGGAGCCGACAAGAAGCGUCGUGUGUCGUAUGCUGAGUUUACGCAGCUUAUUCACGAUUUCCACGACGAGCAUGCCCUGCAGGCGUUCCGUAAGUUCGACAAGGACAACAAUGGCUAUAUCACCGCCAAAGACUUCGAGGAGAUCAUGGUGUCCCUGAAGAGUUAUCUUCUCACACCAUUUGUGCGAGACAACAUUGUCACCGUUGCUAUGGGUGGAGAGAAGCAGAGACAGAUCAGCUAUGCAUACUUCUCGGGAUUCAUCUCGUUAAUCAACAAUCUGGAACUGGUAAAGAAAAUCUACAUGGCCGUCACCAGACGAGACGAAACCAAAAUGAUCACAAAAGAGGAGCUGUUGUACCAAGCCCAGGAAUUUCCUCAGAUUACACCACUCGAGAUCGACAUUCUGUUCCAACUUGUCGGACUCAAACACCUGACUGGAAAGCUAAACUAUGGUGACAUUGAUGACUUAGCUCCCCUGACGGGCCGUGAAACUCCCUAUAAGGUCCAAAUGGAGAUAGCUGAGCAAAAGCUGCGUCAGGAGCAGGGCCACACGGACCGGACAAUUCUGCUGCAGAUUGUCGAGAGCGGGUACAGAUUCGCCCUCGGAGCUAUAGCUGGAGCGGUUGGUGCGACCGCCGUGUACCCUAUUGACCUGGUGAAGACACGAAUGCAGAAUCAGCGGAGUGGGACGUUUGUGGGAGAACUGAUGUACAAGAACAGCCUCGACUGUGCACGGAAAGUCAUCCGACACGAGGGCGUCUUCGGACUGUACCGGGGACUCGCUCCGCAGCUUAUUGGUGUUGCCCCAGAGAAAGCUAUCAAACUGACGGUAAAUGAUUUCUGCCGAGACAAAUUCAUGAAAAGCGAUGGAUCAAUACCAUUUUGGGCUGAAAUGAUAGCGGGUGGAUGCGCUGGAGGCUCUCAGGUGAUCUUUACGAACCCUCUCGAGAUAGUGAAGAUUCGACUGCAGGUUGCCGGGGAGAUCGUCGGCAAGGCGAAGGUCAGAGCAAUCAACGUUGUCCGAGAUCUAGGUCUGUUCGGUCUUUAUAAGGGUGCCAAAGCAUGCUUUUUGCGAGAUAUUCCAUUCUCGGCUAUAUACUUCCCAGCCUAUGCUCGCUGCAAGAAAUACUUAGCCGACGAAAACGGAUACAAUUCACCGCUGACUGUACUCGUUUCUGCAACCUUAGCGGGUAUGCCGGCUGCUUUGAUUCCUACCCCUGCCGAUGUGAUCAAAACACGCUUGCAGGUUCAAGCUCGUACUGGACAGACGGUUUACACUGGACUCAUCGACUGUGCUAGGAAGAUCUACAAAGAGGAAGGUGGGAAGGCCUUCUGGAAGGGAUCCGCAGCUCGAGUGUUUCGGUCAUCUCCACAAUUUGGUGUGACGUUGUUGACAUACGAAUUGCUACAACGAGUCUUCUAUUUUGACUUCGGUGGAAGGCGGCCUGAAGGCUCAGAGGCUAAAUCGGUGCACUUGGAGGAGAUUCUAUCUCGAAAUCCCGAUCACAUUGGAGGCUAUCGUCUGGCAGAAGCGACGUUUGAAGGAAUCGAAUCCAAAUUCGGACUUGUUUUACCAAAAUAUAGAUCAACUGCUUCCAAGUGACCUGUUCGUUACAAUUAGAAACCGCAGACGAGUAAAAUAUUUAACAUGUGAUUGUACAGAUGUGGUCUGGAUUGUCUGUGUGGUCAGUUUGUAUUCUGUGAUAACAUGGCCUGGGAGAAAGAGAUAGAAAAUUUACAUGCUUCCCAAGCCAUUUGGAGAUGACUAGUAGUCGAAAGCUUUGGUAGUCAAUAGAACAGAGAACGAUGUACUGAUGGGGAAAAAAGCUCAAAAUAUAGAAUCUCAUACAGAACAUACUCCUUCCCUGCUUUCUGAACUACUCCUAAGCUAAAGUUUGUUUGAUUUGUUUAACAACACCACUAGAGCACAUUAAUUUAUUCACCGUGUGCUAUUGGAUGUAAAACAUUUAAUAAUUGUGACAUGCAGUCUCGGAAGAAACCCGCUACAUUUUUCCAUUAGCGGCAAAGGGUCUUUUAUAUGCACUUUCCCAGGGACAGGACAGCACAUACCACAGCCUUUGAUAUAUCAGUCCUUUGGCACUGGUUGGAAUGGUAGUAAAAACCCAUCGGAGAAUUGGUCCACUGAGUGUGUUGAUCCUAUGACUAAAGCACUUCAAUGUCAGAGAAUUGAUCCACUGAGUGUGUUGAUCUUAUGACUAAAGCACUUCAAUGUCUCAGAAUUGGUCCACUGAGUGUGUUGAUCUUAUGACUAAAGCACUUCAAUGUCAGAGAAUUGAUCCACUGAGUGUGUUGAUCUUAUGACUAAAGCACUUCAAUGUCUCAGAAUUGGUCCACUGAGUGUGUUGAUCCUAUGACUAAUGCACUUCAAUGUCAGAGAAUUGGUCCACUGAGUGUGUUUAUCCUGUGACUAAAGCACUUCAGUGUCAGAGAAUUGAUCCACUGAGUGUUUUGAUCUUAUGACUAAGGCAAUUCAAUGUCAGAGAAUUGGUCCACUGAGUGUGUUUAUCCUGUGACUAAGGCACUUCAAUGUCAGAGAAUUGGUCCACUGAGUGUGUUUAUCCUGUGACUAAAGCACUUCAAUGUCAGAGAAUUGGUCCACUGAGUGUGUUGAUCCUAUGACUAAUGCACUUCAAUGUCAGAGAAUUGGUCCACUGAGUGUGUUUAUCCUGUGACUAAAGCACUUCAGUGUCAGAGAAUUGAUCCACUGAGUGUUUUGAUCUUAUGACUAAGGCACUUCAAUGUCAGAGAAUUGGUCCACUGAGUGUGUUUAUCCUGUGACUAAAGCACUUCAAUGUCAGAGAAUUGGUCCACUGAGUGUGUUGAUCCUAUGACUAAUGCACUUCGAUGUCAGAGAAUUGGUCCACUGAGUGUGUUUAUCCUGUGACUAAAGCACUUCAGUGUCAGAGAAUUGAUCCACUGAGUGUUUUGAUCUUAUGACUAAGGCACUUCAAUGUCAGAGAAUUGGUCCACUGAGUGUGUUGAUCCUAUGACUAAAGCACUUCAGUGUCAGAGAAUUGGUCCACUGACAAGAUUCGAUCCUAUGACCAAAGCACUUCAAUGUCAGAGAAUUGAUCCACUGAGUGUUUUGAUCUUAUGACUAAAGCACUUCAAUGUCAGAGAAUUGGUCCACUGAGUGUGUUUAUCCUGUGACUAAAGCACUUCAGUGUCAGAGAAUUGAUCCACUGAGUGUUUUGAUCUUAUGACUAAGGCACUUCAAUGUCAGAGUUUAUGAAAUGUGUGUCAGGAUUCUUGUAUUGCCUGAGCAAGUUUUUAAAAAUCGGUACGACUUGCAUACGAGUGUAAUCGUUUCUUUAGUAUCCAUUUUAUCCAUAAUAAUUUUUUUUAUGAAAAGGUUAACAAAGACUGUGUCAAAACAUUUUAAAUGUAACUAGAAGGAGACGAUGUCAUUUUCUGAACUGACGUCAUUUUGGUAAGCGAUUACACAUAGCUAAGACUGGGGAAGCAGCAUUAUGUUAUGACAUUGUCGUUUCCCAAAAUUACGUCAUUUGUUGUGCACAUGAAAUCAAUAAGACACACAUGUCAUACUGGUUGUAUUUCCCAGAAUAUCUUGAACUUUGUGGAUAAUAAACUGCUUUACUGUCUGAGGCAAAAAACGGAAAGUAAUGAUUUAACAGUUGGGUGGAAAUUAAUUUUUGCGACUUUAUUACAGGGUUCGAAAUUUAUCAUGGCAUCGAUAGCAAAUGCAGUGGUUGUCCUCCUUUCUUGCCGUUGUACCCCGAAAAUUGGAAAUUUGCCACUGUGCCCUUCCCAUACAUCUCUGCCAGUUAAAAGUUAAGAUUUAUUGAUAUUUUUUUGACAGACUCUCCCAAAGGCUAAUUCGGGAUGUUAACAAUAUUUGUUCGGCUUGAAACCUGGUAACACCUUUUAACCUGAUUGUAGGGAACUCAGGUCGUCAUCCUUGGUUUGGGUUAACUCUUUGGAAGGUGUUUUGAGGGUGCAAUAAUUUACUUUUUAUUUUGGUGAUAACUAACAAACCAUGUUUCGAUUAACACGUAAUCUUAUUUAUUUUUGUACAUGAAAUAAAAUUAAAAUAAUGUAACUUAAUGACGUCUGUCUCUAGUUUAAAAGACUAAUUAAUACAAUAUGGUAGACUUACUAACCUUGAAAUAUAUUCUCUUUCUGAGUUUCUGAAGGGGACAACUGUUUGAUUUAACAAAUGUUGUUAUAUAUUUUGUUUCUUAAAAUAAUAUUAGAAAUUUACUUAAUUACAUCCAUGUAUGUCAUAUCAGGGUUCGAAUUUCACCACGGCAGGAUUCUUGUAUUGCCUGAGCAAGUUUUUUAAAAUCAGUACGACUCACAUACGAGUGUAAUUGUUUCUUUAGUAUCCAUUUUAUCCAUAAUUCUUUUUUUUUAUGAAAAGGUUAACAAAGACUGUGUCAAAACAUUUUAAAUGUAACUAGAAGGAGACGAUGUCAUUUUCCGAACUGACGUCAUUUUGGUAAGCGAUUACACAUAGCUAAGCCUGGGGAAGCAGCAUUAUGUUAUGACGUCGUCGUUUCCCAAAAUUACGUCAUUUGUUGUGCACAUGAAAUCAAUAAGACACACAUGUCAUACUGGUUGUAUUUCCCAGAAUAUCUUGAACUUUGUGGAUAAUAAACUGCUUUACUGUCUGAGGCAAAAAACGGAAAGUAAUGAUUUAACAGUUGGGUGGAAAUUAAUUUUUGCGACUUUAUUACAGGGUUCGAAAUUUAUCAUGGCAUCAAUAGCAAAUGCAGUGGUUGUCCUCCUUUCUUGCCGUUGUACCCCCGAAAAUUGCGACUUUAUUACAGGGUUCGAAAUUUAUCAUGGCAUCAAUAGCAAAUGCAGUGGUUGUCCUCCUUUCUUGCCGUUGUACCCCCGAAAAUUGGAAAUUUGCCACUGUGCCCUUCCCAUACAUCUCUGCCAGUUAAAAGUUAAGAUUUAUUGAUAUUUUUUUGACAGACUCUCCCAAAGGCUAAUUCGGGAUGUUAACAAUAUUUGUUCGGCUUGAAACCUGGUAACACCUUUUAACCUGAUUGUAGGGAACUCAGGUCGUCAUCCUUGGUUUGGGUUAACUCAUUGGAAGGUGUUUUGAGGGUGCAAUAAUUUACUUUUUAUUUUGGUGAUAACUAACAAACCAUGUUUCGAUUAACACGUAAUCUUAUUUAUUUUUGUACAUGAAAAAAAAAAUAAUAAUGUAACUUAAUGACAUCUGUCUCUAGUUUAAAAGACUAAUUAAUACAAUAUGGUAGACUUGCUAACCUUGAAAUAUAUUCUGUUUUUGAGUUUCUGAAGGGGACAACUGUUUGAUUUAACAAAUGUUGUUAUAUAUUUUGUUUCUUAAAAUAAUAUUAGAAAUUUACUUAAUUACAUCCAUGUAUGUCAUAUCAGGGUUCAAAUUUCACCCCGGCACCGACGGCAAUUGCCGUAGGUGCCCUCCUUAUUUGCCGUUGUGCCCCUAAAAUCUUACGGUGUUGACAGCAAGAAAAUUGCCACGCUGCCUUACCUGGUUUGCCACCAUGCCCUUCGUAUUUUUUUUCACAGAAAGUGACAGGUCAGUUAUAUCAGGAUGUAAAACAAAAUGUGCUAAAAUACCCAUGAAAAUAACGUUAUUUACAUCAGUUUAAGUUGACGACAUUUAUAAAUAUAUUCUUUGUGACUUACACAUUAGUGAUUUUCAAUAUCAUAUUAACCGAUAUAUCUUUUCGACUUGACCAGAUGACUGGGACGUUGCGGUCGCAAACAUGUUUCAUUCUGUCAAGCCAGUCCUGAGUGGCAGUCCUCAUACAGCCAGUGCAGGAAGGAUGAAGUAGUCUUGUGCCUGCAUAUUUGACGCAUUCAUUUAUUUUAACCCUCUAGUGUCCAAGUACUCAAAUUAAUUACCAAAAAUUAUUAUAUUCAUUCAACUUACAGGUGUUAAGUGUACAUUGAACACUUCCAUGUUAAUUUUUUAAUUUUAAUAAAUUUGUAUAUACUUUUACUCAUGUAGCAUAUCUGCUACAUUGGGCAUUUAAGGAAAAUGUAGCAUAUAUGCUACAUGUUAUUAACCUUGUAAAAUACAUUAUUAUGGCACAUAUCUGUAUCAAAAAUAAACAUUACAGUCCAAGACCAUACGGUGAAAUAAUUUUUGUCUCCGAAACUUGAUAGAAAGUAAGUUGCCUUCGUGCCCCUCUUUUGAAGGAAACGUUUGCCUUGGUGCCCUCCAACUUGCCUUGGUGCCCUACUUUUUGUCAUGAAACCAAAGGCAACACUUGCUGUGCCCCCAAAAAAUUGAAAUUCGACCCCUGCAUAUAUUUUUUUAUAUUUAACAACCAAUAUGAGUUUGUAAAUUACAUUUCUUUUUUUAUAUAUACAUAACCUGACCUUAUCACAUGAUUGCCCAUGAGGCAGUGGAAGAUUUUAGCCAGUUGAUUGGCUGUUGAGAUCUUUGGGCCAGUCCAUAGGGUUACAGAGGGAGGAGGAGGGAAAUGUUAUUGGUUAGAAGUUUGGUUAAGUAUUCAUAAAAAUUAGUUUUUUUUAAAUCCAAGUUUUCUUCAUUAUAUUGUGUAGUAGAGUUUCACCAAUAUACAAAACGUAUUGGUUUGGAGUGCGAGUGUUUUGCAGUUUGUAAAAAACAAAAGUAUUUUGUUGUAUUUAUCUAGCAAUUAGAGUAUUGAUAGUGCUAAACUAAUAUAAAUUUAUAGAAUAAAAUUUUUGUAUUCUUUUUUUAUGCCACAGAUGUUAGUAUUACUAGUGGUGAAAAUUUACAUACAAGUACUUGUAAUUAUGCAAAUGUUAAAAAUUUAUUAUUGAGUGUUACGUGCAUUUGUUGUAUGUUAAAAAAUUAAAGGUACUUUGUCGUCAAUAAUUUGAGUAAUAUUUCGGUAAAAUAUUUAUUAGGGUGGAAAUUCUCAUCAGAUCAGCUGUUUUCCUCUCAUGGAACAUUGCGUUUCCUCGCAUUUUAAUUGUCCUUUCCUCCAAAAUGUGUCAGAUGGCACAGAUUUUAACCUAGGAUUUCAAGAAUUUCCGGGACACCUCUAGAUUUCCUCUUUUUUACAGUUCACUAAUUCCCACCCCUGAUUUAUAGUUCUUACCUGAAAUAUCAUUCUAUGAACAUUCAUGUGCAUAUUCAGACAUCCUUUUGUUUGCAAAAACUGUAGAAAUGUGUUUUUUGUGCAUGCACUUGAAAGUGACAGUCCUCCUACAGACUGACUUGGAACCAUAUACCAUGCAGGGAUUUUUUCAGAGGGUAAAAAAUGUGUACCCUAAAAUAUGUUUUAGGGUAUUGAUGCAUACCCUAAAAUUUUAGAUAUAAAUUUAUUACAAAAACACAAAGAGCGUUACAUGAGUAUUUAUUGAACUUUAUAUAUGCAUUAUUACAUUGUUGAACUGAUUUUUUAAAUGACCAUAGCUCCGGUGCAAGUGCUGGUAGGUAGGUUUCGAGGCCCAUCUAUGGUGUACCCUAGAAUAAAUCUCUGGCGGAAAUCCUGCCAUGCUCAAAAUCAGAAUUUCUUUGUAGGCAGAGCACCCAGCAAUGACUUAUGGUUGCAUGCUCUUGCGACUCUUAAGCAUAAAAUUUUUUGGAAUUGGUCUUGCGCAGAGAUAUGUUUUUGAAUGUGUUAAUGAAAAAUUUCCUAAUUGCCAUGUAUGUUACAGCAUCUAUUAGCAGGCCCGUAGGAAUGGGGGGAGGGGGGGGGGGAGCUUGUGAGCUUUUUUUUUUUUUUUAUCACAUUAAUGUUUGCCAUUGUAACCAAAAUCUGAUGUAGAGUUUGUACCCGAUUCGUCAGUGCGCCCACCCCCCCCCCCCCCACUCCCCCACUCCCAAAGUCGUUACUACGGGCCUGAUUAGAUACUUAAAAUUUGAUAUUGAUUUGGUGUGUUACAGGCGAUUAACUAUUUAUUGAUAUUAAACAGUACCUUGUUGAGGACAAAGUACCUUUAAGAAAACCUGUAUUUAUUUGAGAUUAAAAGUAGAUUUGUCUGCCUUUAAAUAUAGAUCUCUGUCAGCCGAUUUUACAUUAGCGAAACACCAUUCUGCAUUCAGGUGAUCUUUUUUGGGAACAAUCAUUCCACAUAUUUAGUCACGCUGGAACAGUUAUAUCAACAGUGUUUUGAUUGGUCAAAUGAAAGGUCGUGUAAAGCCUGUACAUUUAAAGUAGACUAAAAGCCUGUAAAUUUGAGCUAGUUGAAACUAUGUACAUUAGAACUAGCUUAAAGCCUGUAAAUUUGAUCUACUCUGGAGCCUGUUCAUUUGAAAUAGUCUAAAAAUCCUGUAAUUGUGAGCUAGUUGAAACCCUGUACAUCAGAACUAGCCUAAAACCUGUAAAUUUGUUCUACCCUGGAGUCUGUUCAUUUGAAAUCUGUCUAAAAAUCCUGUAAUUGUGACCUAGUUGAAAGCAUCUACAUUAGAACUAGCCUAAAACCUGUAAAUUUGAUCUACCCUGGAGCCUGUUCAUUUGAAAUAGUCUUAAAAGCCUGUAAUUUUGAGCUAGUUGAAAGCAUGUACAUUAGAACCAGCCUAAAACCUGUACAUUUUAUCUAGCCUGGAGCCUGUACAGAGAUAGUCUUAAGCUUGUAAUUUUUAAAUGGUCUAAAGCUUGCACAUUUGUUUUCGUCUAAAACCUGUAUGUUUGAGCAAUCUUUAAGACUGUAAAUUUGAGCUAGCCUAAGUUUGAGUGCAGACUUUAUCGUCUUUUUCGUUAGGUUUAGAAUCUCCUGGAUUGUGGUUGUCUUGGCAACCAAGAGAUUUAGUCUGUCGACCAUUUGAAGUCAGUGUAUGUGUAAUUUAAAUGCUGCCAGCUAAUUACAACUUUUAUUUAAUGCAUAAUAUGGUCAUUACUACAUUAGUUUUUUUGCAAGUUUGAGGUGGUAGUACAACAGUUUUAAAUUAUUUAUAAUCACAAUUGAUUGUACUGGGGGUUUUUUUGUUUGUGCAUGAAAACAAAACUGACUGAUGAAAAUUAUUUUGACUUGUUUUAAAAAAAAAUUUUUACUGGU